AGCGCCGAGGGCCACGAGUUCUGGGUCGACCGCAAGUGCGCGAACACGUCGGGCACGAUCAAGGCCAUGCUCUCCGGUCCGCGCGGCCCGCGCCAGUUCACGGAGAGCUCCGGCGAGAUCAAGUUCCCGGAGAUCUCGACGCCCAUCCUCGAGAAGGUCAUCCAGUACUUUUACUACAAACUCCGCUACACGAACAGCCAGGUCCGCAUCCCGGAGUUCCAGAUCGACCCCGAGAUGGCGCUCGAGCUGCUGAUGGCGAGCAACUUCCUGGACUGUUGA